UCAAAGGCCGCAAAUAGAAAAACUGGUCAAACGACAUUUUGUUUUUGAUUUCUAACGUAUUUUGAACGGUGGUUUAGUGCAUUUAAUUUUGAUCCUGUUCAGAAUAAUUUUGUCUUAAUAAUUUAAAAUAAGCUUAUCAAAAAGACAUUCGCUGUGAUAAAAGCGCUUCGUGUUUUUAUAUACCUAUUGAUGGUGUUAUUUAAUGCAACCAUGAUUCAACCAAAAAUGAUUGUAACAAACGAUGAAAAUAUUAUCCAGCUAUUCAAUGAAGUUCGUGAGGAGAUAUUAGAAAAUGUAAGAUCCCUAAUGAAUGAACUCUGGAGCAACUGGUCACAUCUUGGUGUACCUGAGGAAACUAAAAUCACAAACAUCAGAACACUUGUACAAAUUGAAAAAAAUCUUCACAAAGACAUCAUUUUUGAGACAGAUAACAGGUUGAAGCAGAUGGAGGAGAAGAUAGCAAAGUUAAAAGAAGAAACUGAAGAAUUAAGCCGGUGCCUUUCAGUGGACAUAACAGUACUAGAGUUAGAGGAAGAUAUGGCGUUGAUUGAAUACAAGGAUGCUUUAGAAGAACAACUGUCUGUGUACAGAAUCCAAGCUGAGCAGCGUCGCAAAAAAAUGGAUAGGCUCCUAGAAUGGCAGCGUGACCUUGUAGACAAGCUAGGUGUCACCAUGCACGAGUUGCAAGAGGAGCCCUUACCAGCUGAGGAGGAGUUGGACAAACUGAUGAGUCACUUGGAAGUGCUGCAAGCCGAGAGGGACAAGAGAGUGGAGCUAUUCCUGAACACGCAAGUCGAGAUCAAGGAUAUCAUGGCUAAACUCCAAAUCAAGCCUCAAAACAAGUUUGAGCAGAUGGCUGUAACAUCCAUGUCUGUAGACUUCAAGGUGACUGAUCAGAAUAUGGACCGACUGGCGAUGCUGCGUCAGGACUUGGAGGAGAAAUACGAGCAGACCAAUAACAGGGUGUUGGAGCUGCGCGAGCGCUUAACAAGACUGUGGGACUGCUUGGAAGAAGACCAAGUGUACCGCGAGAACUUCCUGCAAGCUCACACCGGCUGCCAUCCGCUAACUGAAACGGCCAUCAAAGAGGAGAUCAAGCGGUGUGAUCAAAUAAAGCGGCAAAAGAUUUCGGUGUUUGUAGCCAACGUGCGUACAAAGAUCAAGCUUAUGUGGGAUAACCUGAUGUAUUCUCAAGCUCAGCGCCAGGAGUUUGUCCACUACUAUCAGGACAUCUUUACUGAAGACACUCUUACAUUGCACGAACUGUAUCUAAUGAAGAUUUCCAAGUUAUAUGAUGAGACUAAACACAUCUUCGAGCUAGUAGGAACUCGUAAGGAGCUAUGGAGCAAGAUGACGGAGCUAGAGGCGCGCGCCUCCGAGCCGGGCCGCUACCAGAACCGCGGGGGGCAGUUGUUGCAGGAGGAGAAAGAACGCAAAACUAUCGCCAACAAAUUACCGAAAAUCGAGCAGCAAAUUCGCGAUUUGGUGUUGCAAUACGAGGCGAAGACGGAAACCGUUUUCACUGUGGACGGCAAACCACUUUUGCAGCUGAUACAGGAUGAGUGGGAAACAAGGAAGGCGGAGCGCCAGAACAAGCUGUCGGCGCGCAAGCAGGCGCAGGCGCUCACACCUACUCCACAGCUGUUGCGCUCGCUCGCCACGUCGCCGCUGGGCAAGCGCAACCGCACCGCCGCCGGCCUCGCCGCCACCGGCGAGAGAUACAAGCCACCAAGCAAGCGUCAACUCAUCACUGGCAGCGCGACCAAGGCCAUGAAUGCGGUCACAUCCAACCUCUCUGCGUUCAAGAGAUCCGCCGUGUCUACUGUUAAAAGGCGUAUAAGCGGGCGUCUGGCGGCGAAGGCUUUGGUCGACAAUAAAACUGAUCGCGCUAAGAGGAAACUGGACUACGAUGGCCCGAACAACAAGAAGACUCCGCAACCCAAGGCCAAUGGCAGCAUACUUAAACAUAAGCGAGCGUCGCGCGGCCGUCGCAGUUCGACCACCGCAAGCAGUUCGCGCGACACGGAGCGCUCGGACAAGAACCCGCUGCAAGACUCCACCAUGAUGACUACUUAUUCUGAUUUUAAGGACAUCAUCAACGAACGACAGACAAGCCGCAGCUCUAUGGCCAAUCAGCCGAAAAACCACUUUAACAUUCCCGCCGUCGCAGUCUACGAAACUUGCGUAGAACAAAGUGAAACUCCGAACAAAUUGCGAACAAAGCCACCUGUAACCCCGAAAAUCGGCAAAGAGAACUUCCAACAGUUAAACUUGCCGAUGACGCCUAAAAGUAACCUGUUCACCACGCCUACGAGAUUAACACGGUCCGCUUUGAAGUUAAACAAUGACGGUUUUGCCACCCCCCGCGCUCCGCUGAGCUGCAGCAAAACGAAUGUCCAUAGGCAAACACCAGGCACAAAUAUGACCCUUAAAGUCACCCCUAACGGCAUGGGCAGGUCCAACUCACAUCUUAACUUAAUGCGAACGAAAAAUUUACCACCUAUCAUGUGAAACAUUAGAGUAUUAUUUUAGUAUGCAAUAUGGAAGUGCGAGCACUAAAGGAACGCUUACAUGGGCAAUUGUUGCUCGGCAAUCUGGAGCAAUAAGUGGUGCAAUCUGGAGCAAUUAUUUCCCAUAAUAUUGCUGAAAUUUUCAGUUAUUGCUGUGUAUUACAGUAAAUUGCUUCAUGUGGUUGUGAUGUCAUAAUUGACUAAAUUGCCUGGAAUUGCGGAAUUUCAAUUGCCCGUGUAAGCGUACCUUAAGGUUGCGCAGUAACAUGGCUGCUUAUUCGAAAAACGAGCCAAUUCAAUUCAAAGUAUGCUUCAAGGACAGUCAUCAAGCGCAAGCACAAAAUUGUAUCGUGUUUAUGCAAAGUUUGUAUUAUGAACUGAUAACUAUGGCUAAGUAUAUUGACAUCACUUAACAUUUGUGCAAAAUUGGGGACUUAAAUCAUGAAAAAUCCCUGCAUUCAUUUUGUUUUAGAUCAAAUAAUAAUACUAAUUUCAAAUCGAUUUCCAGAUUUAUUAUUUUUUAAGAUCCAAUAUUAUGUUUAAAACCAUCAAAGUAUGUACAUAUUGCCAAAAUUAUGUUUCACAUAACACUUGCUCAAUUUUGUGACCAUGCAGAAAUCGGUGUAAUUGUAUUGCCAUCGCAAUUUUCGUCGAGUGUGCAUAAGCGAGCAAUAUGAAAUAGCAUUACAUUUAGCGUAGAUAGCGCCUACAACUAAUUUGCUGCGCUCAUGAUGGUCUGUCCUUAAGCCCUAAUAUAUAAUUUUUGUGAUUUUAAUAUUUUUUCGUUCAAACUGAAUCUCUACCGUUAUUAAAUUGCAAGCCACACCGCGAGCUAAGCUAACUUAGUUCUCGUAUCUUUGGCAUCUUUUCCUACUUCAGUUUACCGCGAACUAAGUUAAGAGAGCUAACUGAACUGUGCCUUUCUUCAUCCCCGCGCCGCGCGCGUGGUCACUACAUCUUUUAGGUUUCGAUCUGAAUGUACAAAUAGUUCAUUAGCUUAGCUUAGCUCGCGUAGCUUCGUCAUUUUUCAUACUUGAGAUCACACCGCUAACUACAGAGCUAAGCUUAGCGAGCUAAUUGAGCUGUGCCUCCCUUCCUCUCCGCGCCGGACUCAUUAUGACGACAUUUUUUAAGCUUUCGGUCUGAACCCUAGAUAUAGCUAGCUUCGCUCGCAUAGUUCCCCGAAAUGACCCUACGUAAGCUGAAUUAGUUUAGUUCGUAGUGUGGCUCGCGGUUUAAGGGCGCAGUCUCACCAGGCAUUUACAACUGUAGGCUGACUAAACAGCAUCGGAUGGUACCACAAAAUAGUAUCUUCCAGGUACAGAAGACUCACUCCGCAAAUACUUAAAUAAAUAGGUCUGCGUAUUGUACGCGCGUAGAAUGACCGACACUAUAUAAUAUUGAGCGCUACAGGCAUAACGCAAUAACUCAAGUAGGUUUCUGCGGUAGUGGAACGGUGCGGGAGGGUUGUGAUCACGUGACGCGAGCUCACUGAUUUGUUAACUUGUGAUAACUUACCCCUCCCGCACCUCUCCACUACCGCAAGAGCCUCCUCAGUAUCCUCCUACUAUACGCUAUCUCUAUAACGCGAGUGAAUAUUCAGCUGCAAAAUGUACGGUGUGACUGCACCCUUAGGUAGGUUUUCAUUACUCCAGUAACUCAUUCCAGCGCUGGAAUUUGCGUCACUGGAUUGCUGCGCUGAUCGGAAUACUGGAUCAAUAAAAACCAGCCCUAAUGGUCUGUAAAUAAUUUAUUUUCAAUUGUAUUUGCACUACAUAUUCGACUGUUGAUAUAAAUAUAAAUAUAAAUAGUAUUAAUUUUUUUAAGUAGAUAUUAUAUUACAAUAAUAAGUUUUUUUAUAGAUUUUUAAGUUGGAUUUAAUUUUAAUUUAGAGUUUUGUUUAGUUGAUAGUUCGAAUAGCGUAGUUAUCUUUGAAGUAAAUUAAAUAAAUAAAGCGAUAUAGCCUU